GGGCGGGUGUUUUCAAACAAUUCUUUUUAAACCCAGGGCACUCUAAGGACAGGGGCGGAAAGCUGGACGGCAAGGGGCUCGUCUCCGAAACCCAGAAGGCAAAAACGUCGUAGAUGCUCCAUAAAGUGGAGAGAACUAGAUAAAGAACGGUUGGGAGGUGUCCUUGCAAAAGCCACAACAGGAGCCCAACGUUGAAAGCCGCUGGCGGGCCAGAGUUAAACUCGGAACGCAAUUUCCGCGGGUGCAGUUUUCCCGCCGGAGGCUGGGUGUGCGGCAGCCUUCCUCCCGCGCAGGCGCAGUGCCGCCCAGAGAGGAUGGAAGCUGUGGCUUUUCUGUGUUUGGCCGCUGCGGUCGUAGCGUGGGGCUUCCUCUGGGUUUGGGACUCCUGGGAAAGAGUGAAAAGUCAGGAACCGGCUGGCGUCCCGGGAGAUGGAAGCAAGACCCUCCUGGUGAUCGCGCACCCCGAUGAUGAAGCCAUGUUCUUUGCUCCCACUUUGCUAGGCUUGGCCCGCCUGAGGCACCGGCUGUCUUUGCUCUGCUUCUCUGCAGGAAAUUACUACAAUCAAGGGGAGAUACGUAAGAGAGAACUUUUGCAGAGCUGUGAUGUUUUGGGGAUUCCACGUUCCAGUAUAAUGAUUAUUGACAACAGGGACUUCCCAGAUGACCCAGGUGUGCAGUGGGACACAGAGCGUGUGGCUGGCACCCUCCUCCAGCACGUAGAAGCAAACAGCAUCAACCUGGUGGUGACGUUUGAUGCAGGGGGAGUCAGUGGUCACCGCAAUCAUGUUGCUCUAUAUGCAGCUGUGAGGACCCUCCACUCAGAAGGGAAGUUACCUGAAGGGUGCUCGGUGCUCACGCUUCAGUCAGUGAAUGUGUUGCGCAAGUACAUCUCCCUUCUGGACCUGCCCUUUUCUCUGCUUCAUACCCGGGAUGUCCUCUUCGUGCUCACCAGCAAAGAAGUGGCACAGGCCAAGAGAGCCAUGUCCUGCCACCACAGCCAGCUGCUCUGGUUCCGCCGCCUCUACGUGCUCUUCUCCAGGUACAUGAGAAUCAACUCCCUGCACUUCCUCUGAAGCCUGGAGGGGUCUUCAGGCUAAGGAACACAGGGAGAAGCAAAGACCAGAAUGCCUGGGCCCGGGCCUUGAGCUGGCGGGUCAGCCUGAACUGAAGGAGAGCCCCAUGGGGGGAGCCUUCCAGAGCUCUGCGGGUCCGCGCUGAGAAGCUCUAACUCUAGG